UGCUAUGCUAUGUGCACUGUGCAACAACAGCAACAGCUACGAAGUUCACGCCUCAACCGACUCUGGUUCAGAUUUUUCAACGUGCAUACCUAAUUAAUCGAAAAUAUAAAACAAAUCCCUCAACCCCAUUAUUCCGAAAAAGAUGUCUUUAGCAUUUCAAAAUGCAGAUUCCAUCAAACAAGCUCUUUUCGAAGAGCUCCAAAACAUACUCAGCUCUGAGACCAGCAUUCGGGUAUCGGCCGAAGGACGAAUGAAACAAUUGGAAUUCACUGAAGGAUAUGGAGUCUAUCUUUCCGAAUUAAUCAUGAACCAGUCAUUUGAACUGAGUCUGAGACAAAUGGCCUGUGUAAUGUUGAGGCAUUAUGUGGAAAAUCAUUGGAAUGAAGGCGAAGAGAAUAGUAUCGUUACAGAGCAGGCAAAGAAAACUAUUCGCAAUAUCCUGCCCAACGGCCUGUACGAUCCAAAUAGUAAGAUUCGUUCUGCUGUUGCCAAUGUCAUCUCCACAAUAGCUGCCACCGAUUGGCCGGGUGUGUGGACGGACCUUUUUCCUAUUAUCAUCAAGUGUCUAGGAGGCAAUGAAGAUUCCAUACAUGGAGCAAUGCAAAUACUUCAAGAGUUUGCCUAUGACGAGGGCCAAAUCAAGGAACUCGGUCCGUUUAUCAUUUCGGAGGUAUACAGAAUCUUCGAAAGCGAACAGACUUACACUAUCAAGACCCGAACUUCGGCCAUCAAACUUUUGAAACCAUUAUUCAUGUCGAUUGGGUGCAAUAUUAUGAACCGAGAGCAACAAGCUGCUCUAAUGGAACCGGUUCUCAAUAAUUUCAUGGAUAAAUUGUUACAAUCGCUGGCCAUGAACACAGGAACUGCUUCGAAUUUCAUGCUUAAAACAGAAAUAGUAAAAAUGUUCACUUUCCUGGUAACUGAAAUGCCAAAGUAUAUUCAGCCAUUUAUGAAUAGAAUACUCCCGCCCAUUUGGCAAUUACUCACUCAAGUUGCCGACAUCUAUGUCAAGGUCACGGUCAACCAAACUGAAGAGAAUCCCUUCCAACAAUCAGAUAAUGAAGACGAAGAUGAACUCACCAACUUGUCAACAAUGUUAAUUCAAAUCUUCGAAUUUAUCCAGUGCAUCGUGGGCUCAGGAAAGUUCCGCUCCAUCAUCAAAAAUGUCCUUACCGACCUUAUAUACAUAAUGAUUGUGUACAUACAAGUUCCAGUAGAACAAAUCGAAUCCUGGAAUGAUGACCCAGAAAGAUUUGUUGAAGAUGAGGACGAGUCUGGUGUUGAACUAACUAUUCGUCUCUCAGGACAGGAUGUUCUGAUGGCUCUCAACGACGAAAUCGGUCCCAAAGUACUGCCAUCGCUUUCUGAGGCACUCGGGCGGCACAUGAAUGUUGCCGAAGCUGAAAAAGCCGCGGGCAACCAGAAUUGGUGGAAAAUCCACGAGGCUUGCAUGGUAGCUGUGCACACCUUCCGUGAAUUGAUACUAGAAACUGAGGACCAAUUUGACUUGUUAAACUAUUUGACUUUGGUCCGAAAUUUGUUGAGCUAUGAUGGAUCCCCGCAUCUAGUUGGUCGUUGUUUAUGGACUUUAAGUUCAUACUCGAAGUCCUCGCUGUAUAAUCCCCAAAUGUUGGAGGAGAUUCUUACGGUGACGUUGAAUAGUCUUUCGCGGGAGCAACCAAUUGUGUUGAAAAUAUGUGCAGUUAGAGCGAUACAUGGAUUUGUGCAAAGUCACGAAAAGUCUGAGGGCGAGAAGCGUCUAUUAAUUCAAUCAAAACUUUCAGGAUUCGUUGAAGGAAUAAUAGAUUUGAUUCCGGGAUGUAAGAGUUCAGUUUUAGGGCUGUUGCUUGAGUCGUUGACGACUAUCAUAACGUUUGAUCAAGCUUUUGCAGCUUCAGUGCAUAACAAACUCAUCCCAUUGGCGAUUGCAGUAUUCCUCAAAUAUCCUGAAGAUCCCUUUGUCCUGGAACUCGUUCAAGACAUGUUAAAGGUUCUUUCACAGAAUCCACAUUGUCUGCAACCGUUGCAGGAGAAAUUCAUUCCAACAAUUGUAAGCAUUUUGAACCUCCAAGGUGAGCAGGCAGCAAACAAAGACAUUGCUCUCGAUGUUCUUACCACACUAGUCAAAUACUCAUCGGCUCCAUUGAGCAGUAACCUGAUUGACAAUGCAUUUCCAGCGAUGAUUCAUUGUGUUCUUCGUUCGGAUGAUCAUUCGGUAAUGUUGAGCGGUGGAGAAUGUCUGCGAGCGUUUAUUUUUGUCUCUCCGGAACAAGUGUGUUCGUACAAGAAUGGUGAAGGCCUAAAUUACAUCAUGCAGGUUACUACAAUGCUACUGAAUCCAAUGAAUAAUGAGAUGACAGCGGGACAAAUUGGCCGUCUAGUGAUUACAAUCAUCUCGAAAGUUGGAAAUCUCCUUGGUGAGAAUAUUGAUCUUCUGCUUAAGGCAGUUAUAAGCAAGAUGCAGCUAGUGGAGUGCCUUAAGGUUAUUAUGAGUCUUGUUGUUAUAUUUGCUCAUCUCUUCCUAACCCAAAUGGAUGCUGUAUUAAAUUUCCUAUCAACUGUGCCUGGUCCAACUGGUGAACCAGCCUUGCAAUUUGUCUUUACAAAUUGGCUUUCCAAACAGACUAUGUUCUUUGGUUCGUACGAACGCAAAGUCACAACAAUGGCUCUGUGCAAGCUCUUCGAAUACGGAGUUACGACUCAAGACAACCGUCUAACCAGUAUCACUGUGAAAGAACUCAUGACCACUGAAUCAACGGGUAAAGUCAAAACUCGUUCCCAGACCACAUCGACAUCACAUUGGGUAACAAUACCAGCUUUAGUCAAAAUGUUUAAGCUUCUCAUCAAUGAGCUGGGUCAUUUGAGAGAAUCAAAAUUGGCCGAAUUGGAAUCGGAUGAAAAUAGUUCUGAAGAUGAAGCAGCACCGGGAGAUAAAUCAUCACCGCCCAAAGCUCGUUAUGUUUCAGAUUUAUAUUUUAACGACGAUGACGACGAAAAUCCCGAUGAUGAUCAAUUGAUACAGGAAUUAAUGAAGGAUCCACUUUUCCAAGCGAACAUCGAAGAAACUCUUACUAAGUUCUUGCAAAACUUCAGUAGUAACGAACAUUUCACAAUGUUUGUUGAGCAUUUGAGCGAAGCAGAGAAGAUUAUCAUGAAAUCAAUUCAAGUUGAUGUUGCUUAACGAAACGAUCAUGGAUUUGAAAUAAAACUCAAAAAAAAAAUAAAAAAUGUUAUAUUUGUUUAAAAAGAAAGAAAAACUUUAUUAUUAUUAAAUUUAUUUUUGUAUACAUAAUCCUUUUAUUAAAGUAAAGAAAUAAUCUUCCAAGAGGAAUAAAAAUAGAAAAUACCAUUUCUGUUUAA